GUCAUUUAUGUGGCAACAACAGUUUGUUGAGAGACAAGCUUUGACGGAAUUAUACGUACGAUUAGUGGAAUUUAGAAAGGUUUUAGUUCAUUUCUUUACGUGAGGUUUUGUGGAAGCUCGCGAUGGAUUUUCGGAGUAUUUUCUCGAGGAUAUCGGCCCUAGGGCGAGAGUACAAUUAAAAGUGGUGCAUAAGUACUGGUCGGAAUAAGCGGCACCGUACCGUGUCAUGGCACAGAUCAUGGGGAAUCGUCGGUCCUACUCAGCAUCUCCGUCGAGAUUGCUCAAAGGUUUACCAAUCGGAUACUUCUGCGGUAAAUGACCGUCUUUUUGCAUCGUAUCAAUUGCCACGCGAUAAUCACCCAUGAGCCGAACGAGUCGCUCAGUGGCACGUGGAGACCAUUGGGAGCCUCCGAGGAUUGACACGUUAUUCACUUUAUAUCCUGUGCUUUCGUAGUUGGCCUCGAUAGAGUCGACCGAGGACGACUCUGGAGCCAAAGGUAACAACGUAUCCUGUGCUUUGAUCCACUGUUAGCGAUGCACCACAACAGGAGAAAGAAGAAGCGUGUUAAUUAUGGGGUUAGGGCAGUGGAGCUUCUACGAGGUACCAAAGGUUUCGGUUUCACUAUAUCUGGCCAACAACCUUGCAUACUUAGUUGCAUCGUCCCAGGCAGUCCAGCCGAAAAUGCAGGUCUAAGAGCUGGAGACUAUUUGGUCUCUGUGAACGGGCAUAGCGUGAGUAAAGCCCCCCAUGACGAUGUGGUUAGGCUGGUGGGACGUUCCAAAGGCGUUCUCCGACUGCAAAUCGCAGAGAACUAUUACUCCGAUUCAUCCGAUGAAGAGGGUCUUGCCACCGUUCGAUCUAAACCCAAGUACUCCCAUAAGCCCAGGGGAAAUAAUGCCGGUACUCCGCAGUUACAGUGCAGAGUCGCCAAAGUCGUACGAGAUUUACAUAGUGGAGCAAUGUUUGACGACGCUGUUAAAGUUGUACCUCAGACGAAGAUUCAGUGCAAUCAUACUAAUUUACAUCGACGGUGGAACUUGGUUAGUCCGCCUCCUCCUCCACCACAUUCUCAUAAGAGGGAUUCCGAAAAGAUUGUCCAUAGAACCGUGGUGGGAUAUCUUGGUACAAUUGAUAUUCCAAAUCAGCUACAUCCGUCUUCUAUGAUGCAGGUUUUAAGAAAAUGCAUUAAAAGAUUGAAAGCAGAGAAACGAAAUCCAACAACAGUUCUGUUGACGAUACAUGUGGCGAAUAUCAAACUAACAAAUUCUGACAACAGAGUAAUAGCUGAAUACCCGUCUUAUAGGAUUAUAUUCUGUAAUUCUUUCUCAGAACAGGAUAAGCAAUACUUUGGAAUACUAACUAAGUCUGUUAAAGACACGGAUGAUAUAGUUUCAAAUUCAUGCCAUGUCUUUACUAUCUAUUACAAGCUAAUAGAUCACGAAGUGCAUUCUAGUACGUGCAAUGUUUUCGGAUUUACCUGUACAAAGGCGUCAGAUUUGAAUGUCUGCCAAGAGUUUCCAGACAGUUGUAAUGGAUUAAUUGGUGCCAUACAAACUUUAUACAUAUCCGACACAACGGAUACCGAAACUAAUCCGUAUAGUGAAAGUCGGAGACAUCGAGAAGCAGCUUCGCCUCAGCCGAGCAACGUUAGUACAUCGACAGCCCAUUCUAGCAAUAGUGAUUCUGGAAUAGGAUUUAAAGAUGACUACGGUAGUCAUUCAGAUAGAAAUGGACUGGCGGAAUAUCCUCAAGGACGGCGUUGUUUAUCUGAUUUACAACACGGGAAUUCAGCGGCGCCGUUGUCAGGAGCGCUCGAACCCGCAGGCUCUCGAUUGACCGUCCGAGCGACGUCGACUUCGCCGAGGUGGACGGACAGGUUAAAAUCCGGUUACGCGAAGGAUACGGAAUUUCUGUACGAGGUCGAGAACGGAAAUGGCGCGCUGAAGAGUUUCGGGAGUCUUUCAAAAGACGAGGAGGCCACGUGUGCAGGGGUAACCCGUGCCACGGCGAACCUGGUAACACGGUUCGAGGGACAAUGCGCGCAGAGAGGCGGGGGUACCACCACCUGUCCUGGACCAUCUGCUUCGGUGGUUAUGCAGGGCUCGGCCAGUUCGUCCGUUGGUUCCCUGGCGUCCGCUUGCGGUGCCGUCGAAAUCCUACGCGGUGGUGUGCCCACCUCGGCUUCCUGUGAAAAUCAUUCGAAUGCCCUCCAGACCAUGGAUACAUGCAACAAACUCAGUCCUAAGGUCUACUGCAACGUCGGCAAAUCUCUCAUACACAGUUUGGAGGAUCUGAAGCCGACCGCCACGGAGUACUCCUCUUCGCUCGUCCAUCCCUUUGCAAAUAAGGCCGAGAAACCGAGAUGGGGUAGCUUGCAAGAGAUACGCAACGUCCCAGGAUGCAGUUUGGAGAACUGUCGGCAUGGAAGUAUAGAAUCAUGCGACAAGACUGUAAACUGUACCGGGGUACAUACAUGGGCAUCAGGAUUCGAGAAACUCCUGGAGGAUCCGAAAGGACUUCAAACAUUUGCGGAAUUUUUGAAGAAGGAGUUCAGUCACGAGAAUAUAUACUUCUGGGCAGCUUGUGAACGUUACAAGGAUACCGAAGACGUGGUCAGUCGUCGUCGAUUGGCAUGGCAAAUAUAUCAACGACAUCUGUCGACCAACGCGGCAGAACCUGUUAAUGUGGAUAGUCACGCCUCGGGACAAAUCACUCAAGAACUUCUCGAUGCAGCUCCUGCUAAUCUUUUUUUACAGGCUCAAAAGCAGGUAUUCAACUUGAUGAAAUUCGACAGUUACCCCAGGUUCUUAAGGUCGGACCUCUAUCGCAUUUGCUUGGAAACUGGAAAUACUGUUGUCAGUACGGAAGAUGGAGAUUUAAGUUUGACCAGUUCACCGAGUGUCAAAUUAAAGAAAAGCCACUCGGACGCUGAAGAUCGGUGCCGGAAAUCUAUUCUUCCUUGGCACAGAAAAAAUAGAUCGAAAUCGAAAGACCGGGGCGAAUCAGAAUAUAACAAGACUCCCAGCCGCAGUGAAACUAUAUACAAGAGCUUUACGACCAUUAAAAGGGAAGCAGAGGGUAAUAAUAACGAGGACAGUAUAUCUAUAUCGAGCAGCAGGUCGUCAUUAGCAUCAUGGGAUCUGGCAUUGAGACAAUCGUUUAACAAGCACUCCGUAUCGUCUUGCGAAGGGCAGUCAAAUGAAAAGAAAGAAGUUCAGGCCAAAUGUACCGGGUUGUGUCGAGUAAUAUUGCCCGACGGGUCCACCACUGUCGUCCCGACUAACCAAACGGAGAGCAUUAAAGACGUGGUUACUCGGCUCCUCGAUAAGCGAGCUCUUCGGUACUCUAACUAUGACGUACUUGUAUUAGCCACCGACGAGAUGGUAAACCUGAAGUAUCCGUCUUCAGUAUUAGCAGGUCAAGAAGUGGAGGUAGUGCCGACAAAAGUAUUGAAACUGGACUUGCCAUCGCGUAGAAUUAUUACAGUAAUCGCUCACAAAGGUCGGACAUUAAGGGAAGUGUUGAGACCUUUAUUAAAUAAAUACGGAUUCAAAUUAGAGCUCGUCACUAUUUGGGGUGAAGGACAUCCGCUUUCUAUGGACAUUCCUGCAAUUAGUGCACCUGCAAGACUUGUACUCACGUCAAAUAACGAAGAUUUCCAAAGGGAUGUUUCAACACUGAAAUAUACGGAUGAUAUCCCACAGGGGCAACCGUCACUCGAGGAAAUUGCUAAUAAAGUAUUCGAGGAAUUAUUAGUUGGAAAAAGCGCAGACAAGUAUCAUUACAGUGAAGGAUCUUGCAAGUCCGAUGAUCAGCGCUCGGAAGGAUCAUCGAUUCGUUCAAGUAAAUUCUUUUUGAGAGACUCUACAAUUCAUGGAAAAAAGAAGGGCAAGUCAAAAUGUAGUAAUAAUAGUGAAAAGGGCCAUUCUGCCGAUUGCACAGGAGCAGAUACUUCUCGACCUCAUCCUCCUCUUAUUGCUAAGUGGCGAAACGGUGUAAAGUUGCAGCUUCCAGGCAGAUAUGACGGGGAAGAUCUAUACGAAGGUUUGAAACGCGCGCAGCGUUCUAGACUGGAAGAUCAGAGAGGAACUGAAAUCAACUUUGAGCUUCCUGAUUUUUUAAAGAACAAAGAAAGUGGAAAGCAUGUAAACGGUAAAAAAAUUAGAAGACCACGUGCUGCUUCUGCCAAUUGUGAAGGAACUACAAGAUUUUAUGACAUCGGCGAAGAUAAAUCCAUUAUUCCUGGAGUGCAUGAUCGCGGAACAUGUCUAUCAAAUGGAAGCACUGUCGACCAAUCGUCAAAUCCCGAAAUUAACGAGAAAGUAGAUAACAAAUGUUUUGAUAUAUCAAAUACAUUGGAUGGGACUUUGGUGGACGGUGAUCAAACAAUUCUUGAAAAUAAUUCUCGAUCACAACUAAAGCUUUCGGAUGGACCUAUGUUUGAUACACAAUACACUGUAUCGCCAAUGAAAUUGUUGAAGCCACCACCUCUUCCCCCAAAGCCUAAAACUCUUACGAAUAUUGCAAAAAGUAGUCACAUAGUGCCUUCAAAACCUUUUCAAAGAAUUGUAUCAAACAAUUCUACAAGUCCUGUUGAAUCUUGCGGGAGCAAACACGUUUUUUGAGAGUAGUAUUGUUUAUCCAGUUCGUAUGUGUUAUUUGAACGGAACUCUAGUGGUUGUUUAAUAUUAAUAUAUCGACGAAAAAAAACUGUGCUUGAAUGUCGAAUUGUAGGCUGUAAGACGACUGAUUUUUCAGUGGUGCAUUAGUUGAUGCUCAGUCGAAUAUCAUGAGAAACAGAUAGGAACAAUAUACAAAAAUAGAUAAUAAUAAAUCAAAAGGCUUAUGAACGGAAACUCCAAAUAGAAAUAAGUCUACGCAUAUUAUACGAUUGAUGGUAACCGCGCGAACGGAAUUAAAAGUGAUUAAGUUAAUUAGGAGCAUUAACAAGAAGUGCUGAAACAGCAUAUACUUGGAAAUUGAAACCAUUAUAAUUGAGAUAUUUUGUGAUUGCUCUGUAAUCUAUGAUCAUAUCAUCUUGAUUGAUCGUUUGUAUCAAAAUCUUGCAAUUAUGACGUGUUAUGAAUGUAAACAUGUUCAUUAAGCUUUGUGCCUUACUACUAAGCAGACUAGAAUUCAAACCAUGAAACGUAAGAACUGACAAUGUGAUCGUUAUAUUUAUAUUGUCUGUAUUAACGUCUGUUAUUCCUGGUUGUACAGGAUGGAAUUAGAAUUAUUUUAUUCUAUUUAUAACACACCUACAUUGUUGCAAGAACAAUGCGAACAUUUUUAAAUCUAAUUAACGUUUAUAUUUCCUACAAAUAAAUUAUACAAGUUAUAUAAA